GUGGAGGUGUUCGACCUGCUGCUGGUCACCACGGAGAGCAACAGCAGGAAGACGUACGUGGUUCACUGUCAGGACUGCGCCCGGCGGGCCGACCUCGAUAACUUCGUGGUGCUGGAGCAGUACAAGAUCGAGGACCUGAUGCACGUCUACGACCAGUUCACACUCGCGAGCCCCCUGCCUUCCUCCUCCUGAUGCUAACUGUUGGAAACCACCGUGGACUCCACACACACACACACACACACACACACACUCGCACACUCUUCGGAAACCUCGUAUCUUUUCUGAUAUUCAGGAAGUAAGUCCUCAAACGGCGCUUUGUAGCUCCUCCUAAAAACGGCAGCUGUGUGAGAAGCUGUGUUUCUAUGCAACCUCCCCCACCCCCCGACCC